GCCGCCGCCGCCGCCAUGUUGUCCGUGGCCGCCCGCUCGGGGCCCUUCGCCUCUUCCCUUUCGGCCGUGGCGCACUGCGUGCCGAGCCAGCUGAGGCCGCUGGCGGUGGGGGUGGCUCCGGCGGCCGCCAGGCUCCCGGCGCUGGAUCCGAAGCGGCCCCUGCUGUGCCAGGAGUCGCUGCGCGGGCAGGCCGCCCGGGGGGGCCUCGUCGUCUCGGCCAGCCUCAACGCUCCUGCUAGCAUUCGUUAUGUCCACAAUGAUGUCACGGUGCCUGAUUUCUCCGACUACCGUCGCUCCGAGGUAUUAGACAGCACAAAAUCUUCUCAGGACAGCGGCGAAGCCAGAAAAGCGUUUUCCUACUUGAUCACAGCCACAACCUGUGUGGCCUCUGCGUACGUUGCUAAGAAUGUUGUCACUCAGUUCAUCUCCUCCAUGAGCGCUUCCGCCGACGUGCUAGCCUUGUCAAAGAUUGAGAUCAAGCUGAGCGAUAUUCCGGAGGGAAAGAACAUGGCUUUCAAAUGGCGAGGGAAGCCCCUGUUUGUGCGCCACAGAACCCCAAAAGAGAUAGAGCAAGAAGCCGAGGUCUCUUUGACUGAGUUGCGAGACCCGCAGCAUGAUUUAGACAGAGUAAAGAAACCCGAGUGGGUAAUCCUGAUAGGCGUGUGCACCCAUCUUGGUUGUGUACCCAUUGCAAAUGCUGGAGAUUAUGGUGGCUAUUACUGCCCUUGCCAUGGGUCGCAUUACGAUGCCUCCGGUAGGAUCCGGAAAGGCCCAGCUCCUCUAAACCUUGAAAUCCCAUACUAUGAAUUUCCUUCCGAUGACUUGGUUAUUGUGGGUUGAGUUGCUGGAAGCCUGCCUCCUUCUC